AUGGAGUCUGCAUACCUGCGCUCAACCGAGCACGUGCUUAAGCACUUCAACGUCUCCGAGCAGCUGGGUCUGUCGCAGAGCGCAGUCAAGGCUGCCCGAGACCAACAUGGCCGAAAUGGUAUGUAAAUGGACGAUCUGUCAGACAUCGCACGUAUGUUGACAUGUUGGAUAGCCAUCCCCGAGGACCCUCCUACGCCGUUAUGGGAACUCGUUUUGGAGCAAUUCAAGGAUCAGCUCGUCAUCAUCCUCCUCGGCUCAGCCGCGAUCUCAUUUGUACUCGCCCUGUUUGAAGAAGGGGAAGGUUGGACCGCAUUCGUCGAUCCAGUAGUCAUCCUCACGAUUCUGAUCCUGAACGCGAUCGUCGGUGUCAGUCAAGAGAGCUCGGCCGAGAAGGCGAUCGCCGCGCUGCAAGAGUACAGCGCAAAUACAGCAAAGGUCAUUCGAGAGGGUAGAAUCUACACCGUGAAGGCGGAAGAGCUGGUGCCGGGAGAUAUCGUCGAUAUUGCUGUGGGAAACCAGAUUCCAGCCGACUGCCGUCUGCUCAGCAUCCACAGCAACAGUUUCCGCGUGGACCAAAGUAUCUUGACCGGAGAGAGCGAGAGUGUUGGAAAGGAUACCGCGCCGAUCGAAGAUGCGCAGGCCGUCAAGCAGGAUCAGAUCAACAUGCUGUUCUCCGGAACCACGGUUGUCACUGGACAUGCUCGAGCUAUUGUUGUACUCACCGGCACAAACACGGCGAUCGGAGACAUCCACGAGAGCAUUACCUCUCAAAUCGCCCAGCCUACACCACUCAAGGAGAAACUCAACGAUUUCGGUGAUUUACUUGCCAAGGUCAUUUCUGGCAUUUGCAUUCUGGUUUGGUUGAUUAACAUUCGGCAUUUCAACGACCCGUCUUUUGGUAACUCGUGGACCAAGGGAGCCAUUUACUAUCUCAAGAUCGCCGUCUCGCUUGGUGUGGCCGCCAUUCCAGAAGGUCUUGCUGUCGUCAUCACAACAUGUCUGGCUCUGGGAACCCGAACUAUGGCUCGAAAGAAUGCGAUUGUUCGCAGCUUGCCAUCUGUCGAGACUCUAGGUAGCUGCAGUGUGAUUUGUUCAGACAAGACCGGAACGCUCACAACGAACCAAAUGAGUGUCAGCAAGAUGGUCUACGUCAGCGAGUCUCAGUCGGGCUUGGAGGAGCUGGAUGUUGAGGGUACCAGCUUUGCCCCUGAAGGAGCCAUCUCCAAGCGCGGCAAGGUCAUUGCGUGGCCGGCGGCAUCCUCCAAGACCGUUGCCAACAUGAUUGAGGUCGCAGCGGUCUGUAAUGACUCGGAACUAGCAUACGACAGCCAGCAUGGUACUUUCAGCAAUAUUGGCGAACCGACAGAAGGCGCUUUGAGAACAUUGAGCGAGAAGGUUGGCGCCCCCGAUGAGUCGUACAAUGCACGCAAAGCCACUCUACCCCCUGAGCAACAGCGUCAUUUGGCUAGCAAGUACUACGAGGAGAACGCACGCAAACUCAGGACAUAUGAAUUUUCGAGAGAUCGCAAGAGUAUGUCUGUACUUGUCAACAGCGGAAACACCCAGAAGCUUCUCGUCAAGGGCGCGCCAGAAUCCAUCCUUGAACGCUGCACGGAUUGUGUGGUGGGCAGCGACGGCAAGAAGGUCAAGCUGACUGAGAAAUUGACAUCUAUUCUGCAAAAGGAGGUCGUUGACUUUGGAAACUCUGGGCUGAGAGUAAUGGCCUUCGCCAGCAUCGACAACGUCACCUCUGGUCUUGCUAAGACUGCAAAGACCUCAAGUGAGUACCAUGAGUUGGAGCAGGGCAUGACCCUCCUAGGUCUUGUUGGUAUGCUUGACCCUCCUCGUCCCGAAGUUGCAGAGAGCAUUCGCAAGUGUCGCUCGGCUGGUAUUCGGGUGGUCGUCAUCACUGGUGACAACCCCAGCACAGCUGAGAGCAUUUGCCGACAGAUUGGCGUCUUCGGCGAGCAUGAGGAUCUCAAGGGCAAGAGUUUCACAGGACGACAAUUUGACGAGCUCAGCGACGCCGACAAGCUCAAGGCUGCCAAAUCCGCCUCUCUCUUCUCACGAACUGAGCCUGGACAUAAGUCGAAGCUAGUCGAUCUCCUGCAGUCCACUGGGGAGGUUGUCGCGAUGACUGGUGACGGUGUCAAUGACGCACCAGCGCUGAAGAGGAGUGACAUUGGUGUUGCCAUGGGAUCGGGUACCGAUGUCGCCAAGCUCGCCGCGGACAUGGUCCUCGCCGACGACAACUUUGCGACGAUAGAGACGGCAGUUGAGGAAGGCCGAAGCAUUUUCAACAACACCCAGCAGUUCAUCCGGUACCUGAUCUCUUCGAACAUCGGAGAAGUCGUGUCGAUCUUCUUGACAGCCGCUCUUGGCAUGCCCGAAGCUCUGAUUCCUGUUCAGUUGCUCUGGGUCAACCUGGUCACCGACGGCCUACCAGCCACAGCUCUCAGCUUCAAUCCAAAGGAUCACGACGUGAUGAAUCGACCACCGAGAAAGAGGGACGAACCGCUUGUCGGUGGCUGGCUGUUCUUCCGGUACAUGGUGAUAGGAACCUAUGUGGGCCUGGCCACGGUCGGCGGAUAUGCUUGGUGGUUCAUGUUCUACCAAGGGGGCCCUCAGAUCUCCUUGUGGCAACUGGUAAGUCUCGUCACGUAUCAUCGGUAUGGCAGUAUACUAAUGUCUUCUAGACUCACUUCCACCGGUGCUCGUCGACCUUCCCGCAAAUUGGCUGCGAGAUAUUCUCCAACGACUCUGCUCGAACAGCGUCGACCGUCUCACUCUCCAUCCUCGUCGUCAUCGAGAUGCUGAAUGCUAUGAACGCCCUCUCGUCCUCCGAAUCUCUCCUCACGCUUCCCCUGUGGAACAAUAUGAUCCUGGUAUAUGCCAUCACGCUAUCCAUGGUGCUUCACUUCAUCCUCCUUUACACGCCUGUCCUACAAGGCGUCUUCGGCAUCGUGCCGCUUGGGUGGCCUGAGUGGCAAAUUGUCCUAGCUUGGAGUGCGCCUAUCAUCUUGAUUGAUGAGGUGCUGAAGUUCUUCGAAAGGGCUUAUUUUAUGGAGAAGACGGAGGCCACGAAGGGUGGUGGGAGGAAGAAGAUCGAAUGA